AUGCAGCGCCUCGCGCGCUACGCGCGAGGCGCCGUCGAGCUGCACAUCACGCCCUGCGUCGUGACCAUGCCGCCGGCCUGCGACCGCCUGUGCGUGCCGUCGAACGAGCGGCUCGUGGGCACGCAGUUCGCGCACUUCCCCGUGGGCGGGCCGACGCCCGUCGCGGAGCGGAUCGGCGAGGCCGCGCUGCCCGAGCGCUACCGCGAGGCGAGCCGCAUGCUCUACCAGUGCGAGUCCGUCGACGGCGCCGUGACGGAGUUCGGCGGCGCCGCGCAGGAGGCCGCGACGCUCGCGCACGCGCCCGUCGUCGGCGGCACGGAGGCCCACCCGGUGAGAUGCCCGACGGGCGCCGCGGUGCUGGUCCCGAGCGCGGGCGCCUUCGCGCGCGUCUUCCGCCGCGGCCUCGUGCUCGCCGUGCCGCCGUUCUGGCCCGGCGCGCCGACGGACGCCUGGCGCCGCGACCUCGGCGCCGC